AUGAGGAGACUCCUGCUCUGCUGCCUGGUGGCUCUGACCACGUGUCAAAGUGUCCGCUACGAGUUCAGCCUGAACCCCAAGAAGACCUACGAGUAUCGCUACGAAGGUCUGCUGAAUGUCGGCCUGGGCAUGUCCAACCUGGCAGAGGCUGGCGCCAAGGUCACCUGCAAGGUCAAGAUUAUGGGCGGGACUUCUCAGACCUUCCUUCUGCAGGUUUCAGAUUUGUCCUUUGAGGAGUUCAACGGCUUCCCGGGGAAGAACACCUUCACCGUCUCCCCCAAACUGACUCAGCGCAUCUCGGCCCAGCUGGUCAAACCCUUCAUGUUCGACUUCGCCAACGGCCACGUGGGCAACAUCCACGCCUCGGCCGAGAUAUCCGACACCGUCGUCAACAUCGUCCGAGGAAUCCUCAGCUUCUUCCACGUCAGCGUGAAGACCACGCAGAGCGUGUACGAGCUGGAGGAGAUCGGCAUUCACGGCAUGUGUCAGAGCAACUACGCUAUCCAGGAGAACCGCACCACCAAGGACAUGACCGUCACCCAGGUUGUGGACGUCACCAACUGCAGGGACAAGGCCGCCAUCUACAGAGGAAUGGCCACCGCCGUGCCGGACGACAUUUCCAAACAGAGAGGGGACUCCAUCGUCUCCACCAUGAGGUACGUGUACACCAUCAAGCCGACCACGGAGGGGGGUCUCAUUUCCAAGGCGCACUGCUUGGAGCAGCAACACUUCAGUCCUUUCAACGUGAAAGGCGGAAGCUUCAAGAUGCAAGCAACGAAGGAACUGCUGCUGCUGGAUGUGACGGACACGCUCUCAGCUGUCACCUUUACUGCCAUGGAAGACCGAGGAAGUAUUGUUUACAAGUUUAUUGACGCCACGGCAAAACUUCCCAUCGUCAUGCAGAACUUGGAUGGACCACUAGCAAAGGCCGUGGAGCUGAUCAAACGUUUGGCCGAAGUCAACGUCUACCAAAUCGACAGCUCGACGUCUGAGGACACGAUCAAGUUGUACCAGCUCCUGCGCUCGGUGCCCUACGAGGGACUGGAAGUCAUGUGGAAGCAGUUGGCCGGGGACGAGGAGCACAGACGAUGGUUCCUGGACACGGUGGUGGAAGUCAGCGAUGGCAGAAUCCUCAAGUUCCUGCAGGCCAGGUUCCAAGCUGGAGACUUGUCGUCUUUCGAAGCCAUGCAGACGCUCCUGCUGGCCUUCAACCACCUCCAAGCGCUCCCGGAACUGCUGGAUGUGGCCAAGACGUUCCUGAGCGCCCCCUUCAGUAAGGCCAACGUGCAAGUGUGGCACACGGCGGCGCUCGCUUACGGCUCGCUGGUGUACAAGCACUGCGCUUACUACACACCUUGUCCCCUGGCUGCUGUUCAGCCGCUGCUUGACUUGGCCACAGAGAGUUUGACCAACAAGAAUGAGGACGACAUGGUUCUGUCCCUGAAAGCUCUGGGCAACGCGGGUCAUCCGGGCAGCAUCAAAACCAUCAUGCGCUUCCUUCCCGGUGUGGCCGCCAACCCGGUGGACGUCUCGCCUCGUGUGCGGAGCGCCGCAGUGCAGUCCAUGAGGCUCAUAGCUGCACGAGACCCCCACAGUAUCCAAGACAUUACCAUGAGCCUUUUCCUGCAAAAGGAUCUUCCUGCUGAGAUACGCAUGUUGGCCUUCAUGAUUUUAUUGGACACAAAGCCCCCCAUGGCUCUGGUGUCCACUGUGACCGCACAUCUGCAGGAGGAAAGCGACCUCCAUGUGGUUAGCUUUGUGUUUUCCUACUUGAGAAGUGUGGCCAGAUCCAGAACUCCCGACAACCUUUUCCUGUCAACUGCCUGCAACAUAGCCGUGAAAAUCCUGGCCCCGAAAUUCGGUCGCCUCAGUUACCGCUUCAGCAAGGCCAUGCGCAUUGACUGGUUCAACGACGAUUUCCUCUUCGGCUCAGCCGCAGAAGGCUUCAUGCUCAAAAAUGCCAAAGAAAUCGUCCCCAGUGAAGUCAUGAUGAAAGGGAAAAUGUAUUUCAUCGGUAGAAUCGUGCAGCUUCUGGAGUUGGGUUUCCGUGCUGACGGACUCAAGGAUAUCAUCGGCUCCAGCAUCCCCGGGUUCAAAGGAGAUCUGAGUUUGAGUGACUUUUGGGCUAUCUAUCAGCAGCUUCAGAACUGGGAACGUGCAGCCGGCAACAAAACUCUUCUUCAGCUUUAUUCUCGCGCUGCUGGACAAGAGUGGUUCUACGCUGACAUCAACAAAGAGUUUGUCCGCAAUCUUAUCAACGCUGUCAGUCCAUCUGCAGGCAGAGAGAGUCCCGCCUGGGCGGCCAUGGAGACUUUACAGAAGGGAAUAUCAUGGCAUCGCACCAAAUCCUUCUUGAUCUUGGAGACGCGCUACUUCCAAGCGACCACCCUGGGCCUCCCCCUGGAGAUCAGCAAAUAUUACCAGGCUCUGAACGGAGUCACCGUCAAUGCAAAAGCUGCGAUAAAUCCACCGCCGACCGAGCGCCUCGGACAACUCUUGACUUCGGAGAUUUCCCUGGAGACCGAUGGCUGGGUCGGUUGCACAAAGGACCUGUGGUUGUUCUACGGGGUCAACACGGAGUUCUUCCAGAGCGGCGCUCAACUGAAGAGCAAAAUACCGAUCUCUGUUCCAUGGAAGCUGUCCGCCAAGGUUAAUGUGCGAGAAAGACGUGUGGCGCUGGACAUACCUUUGAGCAAAAAGGAAAUUGAACUCGUCUCAGUCAGCUCCAAUGUUUACGCCGUCUCUCGGAACAGCGAAGAGCCAACUUUGUCCAAAAUGACUCCCAUGAUUCCCACCCCCGUCGGGGAUGCGGCGGUGGUCCGGCCGGAAAGCUCAGCGCCGCCCAACACCUGGCAUCCCAGGAGCAAAGCGUGCGCCCAGAGUAACAUCUACGGGGCGGCACUCUGCGUGGAGUCGGAGAUGAGGAGAGUGUACUACCACCAGGAGUACCCCUUGUACUAUUUCCUGGGCUACACCAAUUUGGCGCUGAAAGCAGUCCCAGUCAAGACUACCAAAGUUGUGGACAAGAUCCACUUAGAAUUCAACGCUGGGAAGAGCCGACACCCGGCCAGCACCCAACAACUCCUCGGAACUCUGAGGAGGCUCACCAAGGACGCUGCCUCGCAUCUUCAACCUUCCUCCGAGUACUCAUCCAGCGAAUUGGAAUCAGGGCGUUACGACACGAUGUUAAACGCAACACCGGAAGCCGUGUUCAGCAUCCGAGCGCUGGCCAUGAACAGGAACCUGAAGCCCGAAGGUUACGACAUGGCCGUGUACUACACACCUGAGGCCAGAGUCCAGAACACACAGCUGAUUGUGUCCCAUGUUGGAGAGAACACCAACUGGAAGAUGUGCAUGGACACAGUCUUGGAGAACCACGCUGCCGCUAAGGCACACAUCAGAUGGGGCGCUGAAUGUCAGUCCUUUGGAAUGUCACUGAGCGCCGACACCGCUCGCCUUCCCGGGUCCAGGCCAACGCUCAAGGCCAAAGUCCACUGGGACCGAAUCCCGGACGCCAUGAUGGACUUGGGCAGAUGUGUGGAGACCUACAUCCCAGGCAUGGCUCUGCUCCUGGGCUUCAACCAGGAGCACCAGAAGAACCCCAUGCAGGAAGUGUCCGCUUCCAUCGUCGUCUCCUCGGCAGACAGCGUGGACGUGAGGGUGCAGUUACCAGAGUACACCGUCUACCGCCAAGCCAUCUCCGUGACGCUGCCAGCGACCAGUCUUCUGGCAGUCCAGCACAACACUACCUGGGACUACGCUGGAGACCAGUAAAAACCAUAGAAAGAUGACAAGAAUGUUCCAGAAGACACAACAAAUGUUAUUAAAGAUGUAUCAAUAAUCCUCCUGAUUUAUUGAUUCAUGAUUUUUUCAACAUCUCUGGAGAAAAUCCUGCUGAUGCUCGUCAUGAGAAAAGAAAAGAAAAGAUGUUGAAACGUGUUUCCUUUCUUCCCUCAAGACAAACACACACAUGCGUUCAAAAGUGAGGCAAUAAAAAGUAGAAAAAGCAAUGUAUGUGAUAUAUGACAUCUAUUACGUUGUUGUAUGUGAUAUAUGACAUCUAUUACGUUGUUGUAUGUGAUAUAUGACAUCUAUUACGUUGUUGUAUGUGAUA